CUCUCUCACACACACUCUCCGUCUCUCCGUCUCUCUCUCUCUCUCUCUUUCUCUCUCUGGUUUAUUGCCACUCUGACAUCAGGACUAUUGCAGUUGAAGGCUUUCGCUCCGAGAGGGAUAUAUCAUUGUCAGCUACUAUUUCCCAGAGGCGUUUUACACACCAUACCAAGAGGGCUGUGAAGAGAGAGAGAACCUCUCCCUUCACCCUGAGAGUCUGUCUGUCUGUCUGCAGAGCAUCUUUCAUGCGUCUCCUUGUGUCAGUCUCACAUCAACAUGAACUGUGAACAGGACUUUGGAGAGGGGGGCAUGAACGUCACCCUUACGCUACGGCUCCUCAUGCACGGAAAGGAAGUUGGCAGCAUCAUCGGAAAGAAAGGAGAGACGGUGAAGAAAAUACGAGAAGAGAGCAGUGCCCGUAUCAACAUCUCAGAGGGCUCGUGUCCAGAGAGGAUCAUCACUAUUACAGGACCUACAGACUGUGUCUUCAGAGCCUUCACUAUGAUCACUCUCAAACUGGAAGAGGACCUCACAACUCUGGUAGCCAAUGGCACGGUCACCAGCAAGCCCCCCGUCACCCUACGAUUGGUCAUUCCUGCCAGCCAAUGUGGUUCUCUCAUCGGGAAGGGCGGCUCCAAGAUCAAGGAGAUCAGAGAGACCACGGGGGCACAAGUACAGGUAGCAGGAGACCUCCUUCCCAACUCCACUGAGAGAGGAGUGACGAUAUCCGGGACCCAAGACGCCAUCAUCCAGUGUGUCAAGCUCAUCUGCACUGUCAUUCUCGAGUCACCUCCGAAGGGGGCCACUGUUCCAUAUCGACCCAGCCCCUCCCCAGGAACAGUCAUGAUCUCCGGGAACCAGGUGUUCGAGGCGUCUGAGUACGGGUCACACCCCCUCUUCCAAUUGGCCCAGGGAGGCCUGGAUCUACAACAAACGUACGCUGUACAGAACCAAUAUGGCAUUCCACAUUCAGAGUUGGCCAAGCUUCACCAGUUGUCUAUGCAGCAGCAAGGCCUGGCCGCCCAGAUGAACCAACAGCAGACCAACUCUGUCAUACCUGGAAUGGACUCCAAUUCACAGACCACAUCACAGGAGCUACUCAUUCCAAAUGAUCUCAUUGGCUCCAUCAUCGGGCGUCAGGGCACCAAGAUCAAUGAGAUCCGCCAGGUGUCAGGGGCUCAGAUAAAGAUCGGUAGCCAGCUGGACAGCACCAGUGAUAGAGCCGUCACCAUCACAGGGACACCCAUCUCUAUCAACCUGGCCCAAUACCUCAUCACUUCCUGCCCUUACCCAAGCCAUCACCCUGACUUAUAGCACCCACUCCUUCCAUGAGAGCCAGAAAGAUCCCCCCCCCCCCCCCUAAAAUAAUCUGUUACAACCUCCAGAAAUACACACCUCUUUUAUCAUUUAGAUUUUUAAUCUCCUUUUGAUUUGAUUUCUUUAAUUUCACUCAAUUUCUCUUUUUUUAACAUGUCUUUUAUUUCUUUAACCUUCUAAUCCUUUUCCAUCCGUUACUCCCUCCUUCCCCCUUCCCCCUUCCCUUGUCCUUCCCUCCACCCUCCUUCCCUCCCUACACCUCCAACCCCCCCCCCUCUUCCUCCACCUCCUAUCCUCCUCCUCCUAUCACCUUGUGCAGUUUAGAGACCGCCAAAUCCACCGCCCAGUCUUCCUCCAUGUCGACCCCUGCUGACCUCACCAUGGCCUACAGCCAACCGCCCUCCCCAGCCCAGUCUUCAGCUGUAGCUGCUGCCACCCUGGCUGCCAUGGGCUGCCCUGGCAUGUCCCACCCCCACCCCCACGCUGCAGUCCCCAUGAUGGGCACCCACCCCUAUGGGGCCCUCCCCCUCUCCAGCCUCCUUGGAAUGCAAUCCAUGAAAUCCAUCCAAUCUGUACCCUUCCUGGCUUUAUCCAACCCUGCCGCCAAUGCAGCCGCCGCCGCUGGGGCCCAUGCCCAGGCCCAGAUCUCCUACACAGCGAAGAUAUCCUCGGCCAACGGGAUCGGGAAGAAACCGGAGAGACAGAAGUUUGCGCCAUACUGAUGACGUCCGUCUCCAUCCCUCCAUCACUCCAUCCUUCUCUCCAGCUGUUUUUGUUGUUGUUGUUAUAUUCCUCCAUUCUCUUCUCUCUUCUAGUUGUGUAGUACAUUCUAGAGACUUUAGCCCUUACCUUCAAUACCCUAAGAGGAACUUUGGAUUAGUUCGUAUAGAAAGCUAUAUUUAUGUUGUCAGGCCAAGGAAGCCUAUCAAGCCAUAGUCUGUAUCUCAAAUGGAACCCAUCUCAAAUGGAACCCAUCUCAAAUGGAACCCAUCUCAGAUGGAACCCAUCUCAAAUGGAACCCAUCUCAAAUGGAACCCAUCUCAGAUGGAACCCAUCUCAAAUGGAACCCAUCUCAAAUGGAACCCAUCUCAGAUGGAACCCAUCUCAAAUGGAACCCAUCUCAGAUGGAACCCAUCUCAGAUGGAACCCAUCUCAAAUGGAACCCAUCUCAGAUGGAACCCAUCUCACCUUUAUAGUGCAGUUCUGUUGACCAGAGCUAAUGGUGCUCCAGGGUUCUAGGCCCCACCAGGGUUCUGAUCAAAAGUAGUGUAUUGUAUAUGGAAAAGGGUUCUGUUUGAGAUGCAGCCACAGACUAUUCUUUCCUUCACUUUUAUCCUCCUCUCACCGUCCUUUCAUUCUACUCUACUGCUUUUAUUUAUUAUUGCCUUCUACUGAAAUAUUCCCGCAACGAGUUUCUACAUUUAAACACUGGUGACUGAUGCUCGACUGUAUGUUCCUGUAUCAGCUUUUAUACAAUGAUGUGUGUUCCUUCCUUUAUACAACUCCAGGUUUUUUUUUGUAUUUGAAGAACGAUGUAAAAAAAAAAAAAAUACGUUUUUAAAAAUGACUUCAGAAACUCUCUUUUAGUGUUAUUUUUGUCAUGUUUUUUUGUCACAUUUUGUUAGAAAUGUGUUGUUUAAUUUAUUUUAUUUAUUAUGAUGAGUAUUACUUUUACAAUAAAAUGUUAGUUUUUUUUAGGAGGAAAAUGGCUCCAGGUACUACUACCAAAACUACUAAUACUUCUCUUCCUUCCUGUCUCUUUUGACUAAAGAAGGCCUUUCUUCCUGUCUGUCUCCUACUAAAGCAAAGUUGUUGUUUUUAGCAACGUUUCUGUUGAAUAGAGAGAAAGUGUUUUUCCACAUCUUAUAUGUCAAUAGAAUGAAUAAUUGAACACGCUAAAAGCAGGGUACAUGUAUUUCCAACUGUCCUACUGGGAUUUAUACACCUAAAGCCCUCUUGGGAUGAGGGAUGAGGGAUGAGGGAUGAGGGAUGAGGAUGUUUUUCUCACCCCGGCUGUCAAACUAAUAUGACACUUACUAGCUAUUCUUGACUAAUUCUGCAUGUUAGCUCGGCCACACACACACACACACAAGCGCGCGCACACACACACACACACACACACACACACACACACACACACACACACACACACACAGGUUAAAACACACAUUGGGCUGGGUCUUUGUGUUGACAGACUCUAUAGACCUAAAUAACCACAAGCAGUGUGAAAGACAAGCAAUACUGAAGUGAAGGAGUGCAUCUGCUGUAGCCUACAGACCAAUAGAGACAGACAGGACAACAUAUAUACUACUACUACUAGCACUGUAAUACAUUAUAACUCUAUCUUACUGGGGUGUUAUUGCAUUAGAGACGUUUUGUGUUGAGUUUUUAUAAAUAUGCCGUAAAAUAUGAACUCACUUAUUUUUAUAAAAACACCGAAACGAUGUAAGUUGUAGGGUAUUUACUGUGUUCACUUACUAGUAAAUCGCUCAUUCAUAGCCUGUCUCAAAAGCUGCCUUCUUCCCUGUACUGUGCACUACUUUUCACUACACUCGCUUGACAUAUAGUGCACUGUGUUGGCAAGGGUGCCUUUUUCGGGAUGCAGACACCCCACUGAACGUUGUUGUCAAAACCUUCGUCCACCGUGUGUGUUUUCUGUUCUCUCCUAACGUCUCGCAACUGUAGCCCAUUUGCAUGAGUUCAAUUUGAAUUGAUGUCUAUGCAAAACAUCUCUUGAUGGUUCAGCUAAAUAUAUGUGUUGUUCUGCGUAGCUCGUAGUAUCACUGAGACAAGAGUGACUGAUAGGAACGUUUUGGAGAGGAUACAGGGGGAUUAGCUCGGGACGCAACAAUCUGGUAACUCCACCCGUUGUUUUUCUAGAAAUCCCGUUUUGAAGAUUCCCAGAAUCAUCAGGAAAUCUACAAUCUUCCAAACCGGAUUUCUGGAAAACCUGGGAAUUUUGGAGAAAGUUACAAGAAUUUUGCGACCCUAGGAUCAGCAAUGCGGCAUUUGUUUUGGCUCGGGUUUUUUUAACCAUAAGGAUGACUAUACUCAUUCCAACUCUUUCUAAUGCGGAAGACACAUUUCAGUUGAAGGCAUUCAGUUGUACAACUGAAUUAGGUAUCCCCCCUUUCCCUUCCCUUUAAUACACAAUAUGCACAUGACUAUAACCCAAUCAAAAGGACACGAAACAAUACAAUAUUGCACUUAAACAUGAGCGUUUCUGUUGUCGUGGCAGAAUAGAUAUCAACAUAUUCUAUUGAUUAGAUACCGUCACACUUCUUACAAUGUCUUUUUUGUUGUUGCUUAAAUCCUCACAGGAAAAGUUCUGUCGUUUGAAUCCACGUGAAGUUUUCCUCUGUUGUUUCUUUCUAUACAUGCCAUUCUAAUAAACAAAACAAUAUGCAUCUA